UUCAGCGCUGUGUUAUACCUCACACAUCACCUUCAACUAUGAUGGCCUUUAAAGUUUUCGUUUUGCUCAUGGGCUUGAUUGCCCUCACCCAUGCCGAGGACGCACCUGUUCUUGGUGGAGUAAGUGAAUUGUCAGGGGAUGAGAGGAAGGAAGCUCUCGCACUUCUGGACACCACAUUGGCCAAAUUGGCCACCGGUGAUGGACCCAGCUACAAAUCUGUUAAGGUGACUUCAGUUACGGGUCAAGUGGUGUCCGGUACCUUGAAUACCUACGAAACGGAGUUGGCCAAUGGCGAUGAGCCCAGCAAGACAUGCACUGUGAAGAUCUGGAGUCAGCCUUGGCUGAAGGAAAAUGGCACCAACAUCACAAUCAAAUGUGCCGGUGAUGACAAAGAACUCGAUAAGACCUGGUAGAAAAUAAACACAAAGAUCGAAAAAUGCAAAAUAAAUGGAACAUUUCGUA